AUGGAAGACGCGGCGACAACAACGCCCACUGCCCGGCUAGGAUGGAUAGGACUCGGGUCCAUGGGCAUCGGCAUGGCCGUGAAUUUACAAAAACACCUGUCGGCCUCCCGCAAUACAAACCUGCACUACUACAACCGGACGAUGGCCAGGGGCGAGCCGCUCAAGGCCAUCGGCGGUGUGCCCUGUGUCCACGUGGGAGACCUCGUCUCUAGGUCAGACGUCAUCUUCCUGUCUCUCAGCGACGACGCGGCGCUGUCCUCGACGCUGGAUGCCAUUAUCGAGGCGGCAAAGGCCAGCAGCGGGCUCUCGGGCAAGCUCAUCGUGGACACGUCGACGGUCCACCCUACAUCGUCCACGAGAGCGCAGGCUCGGCUGGCACAGGAAGGAGUCAAGAUGGUUGCGGCGCCCGUCUUUGGGGCCAGCCCUGUCGCUGCGCAGGGAAAACUGCUGUUUAUCCUGGCCGGGCCGGAUGAGGCGGUGCAGGCCAUCAGUCCGUACCUGGUGGGUGUCAUGGGGAGAGGCGUGAUUCGGCUCGGUGAGGAUGUGAGUCAGUCGAGCAUGCUCAAGACGGCAGGGAACUUCAUGACGGCAGCUAUGAUGGAAGUCGUCGCCGAGGCCCACGUUUUCGCCGAGAAGACCGGUGUGGGAAGCGAGGCAAUGGAGUCCCUCAUCGAGCAGCAAUAUGGCCCGCUGGCACUAUCCAUGUCCAAGAGGCUCACUACCGGCGCAUACAUGCCGGCCAAGGACGAGAGGCCCUGGUCGGACCUGAACCUUGCGCUGAAGGAUGUCGGGCACGGGAUCGGUUGUGCGAAGGACGCCGGGGCGAGGCUACCCGUGGGGGAGCUGGCACUUGCGCAUCUGCAGGAGGCCAAGGCGUUCUCAGAUGAGAAGGGCAGGGCGAUGGACUCAUCUUCCAUGUAUGGCGUAUUGCGAAGACAGGCUGGGCUAGAUUUUGAAACGGAUCUGGUGAAGCAGAGGGACGAGGCGAAAAGGCCAGGGUGAUGGUGGUUGAAGGCGUCUCUUCUCAAAAGAAACCACCACAUCACCACAUCAUGUUCAAUCGGAUCUUACUUGAUUUAAUUCUCUUUCUUUCAAGGCCUUAUAGACUACAGAAGAUGUGCGAGGGCCAGUGAGUCACUGGCCCUAGGCCGUGCACGGCCCAGCCAGCCAGCCAACAGCCAGACCUGUUGAUAGCCUCAGUUAGUUGCCCUCGUGGCUUUUCUCUUCUUUUCUCUUCUCUUUAGCGCACUGCAAUACGAGCUUUUUUGCCCUCG